ACCACUGUGCAUACAUAUGGUCGAGUAUCAGCCCCACCACUUUUUGUCUCCAUGCAGAUUCCUACGUAUAAUUAACCUCCUUGUUUUGCGUUCUGUUUCUUUCUCUAACUAUAAUCUCUUAUAUCUGCUUUCUCUGCAUGUAGUGCAUACUCUUGCUGCUUCUCCAAGAUUGUUUAAGUGGGAGGAUUUAACAGUUGAUUUUAAAGAUGGAGAUAACCAAUGUCACGGAGUACGAGGCCAUCGCUAAGCAGAAGUUGCCAAAGAUGGUCUAUGACUAUUAUGCUUCUGGUGCAGAGGACCAGUGGACUCUAGCAGAAAACAGAAAUGCAUUCUCAAGAAUUUUGUUUCGACCCCGUAUUCUUAUUGAUGUGAGCAAAAUAGACAUGGCCACCACUGUCUUGGGAUUCAAAAUAUCAAUGCCUAUUAUGAUUGCUCCAACUGCCAUGCAGAAAAUGGCUCAUCCUGAAGGGGAGUACGCAACAGCAAGAGCUGCAUCGGCUGCUGGGACGAUCAUGACAUUGUCCUCGUGGGCUACAUCCAGCGUUGAAGAGGUUGCAUCCACUGGACCUGGCAUCCGCUUUUUCCAGCUCUAUGUGUACAAGGACAGGAAUGUCGUUGCUCAGCUUGUCAGAAGAGCUGAAAGGGCAGGUUUCAAGGCUAUUGCUCUUACAGUUGAUACCCCAAGGUUGGGCCGCAGGGAGGCUGACAUCAAGAACAGAUUUACUCUGCCACCAUUUUUGACAUUGAAGAACUUUGAAGGUUUGGACCUUGGAAAAAUGGACAAGGCUGCUGACUCUGGACUUGCGUCGUAUGUUGCUGGUCAAAUUGAUCGUACACUGAGCUGGAAGGACGUGGAGUGGCUUCAGACAAUCACCAAACUGCCAAUUCUAGUGAAGGGUGUACUCACUGCUGAGGAUGCAAGGCUUUCAGUUCAAGCUGGAGCAGCAGGGAUUAUUGUGUCGAAUCACGGUGCUCGCCAACUCGAUUAUGUCCCUUCCACUAUUAUGGCGCUGGAAGAGGUUGUCAAGGCUGCACAAGGACGAGUUCCAGUGUUCUUGGAUGGUGGUGUAAGGCGUGGAACUGAUGUCUUCAAGGCAUUGGCGCUCGGAGCCUCUGGCAUAUUCAUUGGCCGACCAGUGGUCUUUUCACUGGCUUCUGAAGGAGAGACUGGUGUGAGAAAAGUACUUCAAAUGCUGCGUGAGGAGUUUGAACUUACUAUGGCGUUAAGUGGUUGCCGUUCCCUCAAGGAAAUCACUCGUGCCCACAUUGUAGCCGAUUGGGACCAUCCUCUCAAUCGCCUAGCUCCAAGGUUAUAGAAACAUUCCCUGGAUGUUCAGCAGCCCCAUGCCUAAUAACUUACUCUGGGAAGUUGAGAGCAUGCCUUUUUAUUUAAAGAUGUCAUUACCCUAUUGAUGGGUCUGCAAAUCUUUUGAAAAUUUCAAGCUUUUCUUAUUGAUGAUGGACGGUUACAAUCUUAUGGCUACUUUGCUGCUUCACUGUAUAUUCUUUGAUCAAACAAAAAAUAUUAUAUACUAUAGUUUUCGCCUUCAA